AUGUUGCUUAUGAUUGUCAAAGGUGCGACGUCCUAUGAGGAUGUCAGAACUUACAAUGGCAUUGUAUACUCGACGUUUAGAGAAGCAUGUGGAGCAAGAGGGCUGCUUGGUGAUGACAUGGAGUGGUAUACUGCUUUUGACGAAGCUGUUAAGUGGGGUAUGGGAAAUCAGCUGCGCCAACUAUUUGUUACUAUGAUCCUUCACUGUGCUGUUAACGAUGAGGCUGCUUUCUUUGAAAAAUAUGAGGUUUACCUAGCUGAUGAUAUCGAGCAUAGAAUUCGGCAGGCUAAAAAUAAUUUUACAUAUAUUGUUCCUCCUAUUGAAUUAAGAGACAUGCUACUUGAUGAAUUAGCUGUCAUAUUUGCUAGGAAUAGUGCAUGCAUCCUAGAUCACAAAUUACCCUUAAAAUCUGCAUACAGUGAUGCUUCGGUACAAAACGAUAUGCUUUCUGAUGCACUAGAUGUUGAUGUUGUUAGUCUUCUGAAAAAGGCAGAGGCCAUGUAUUGUAGAUUAAAUAGAGACCAACUGCAUGCUUACUCUGCAAUAAUUGAUCGUAUUCAAUCUGGAAAACCUGAUUUCUUCUUUGUCUCUGGGUAUGGUGGGACUGGAAAAACAUUCCUUUGGAAUGCACUCGAUGCUUAUCUUAGAGGUAGUAAGAGGGUGGUGCUAUCGGUUGCGUCCUCAGGGGUGGCUGCCUUGCUUUUGCCUGCUGGCAGAACAGCGCAUUCUAGGUUUAAAAUACCUAUUGACCUGCCUGAUUAUGGCACUUGUGAGAUCAAGCGCUCUACCAUGCUCUCCACUCUAAUUGAGUUGGCUGAUCUUAUUAUAUGGGAUGAGGCGUUGAUGUCCCAUCGAAAAUGCUUUGAGGCCCUGGACCGGUCAUUUCGUGAUGUCCUAUCGGCUAACAAUCCUGCCUUAGCUAAAAUCCCUUUUGGAGGCAAAGUUGUUGUCUUGGGUAGAGAUCUUAGGCAAAUAGUGUCAGUCAUUGAAGGUGGAACUCGAGCACAGAUUCUUGCUGCUGCAAUCACUAACUCUCCUCUCUGGAAUAUUGUAGAUGUCUUGCACCUAACUAUUAACAUGCGCUUGACUGCACACACAGAUGAUCCAAUUCUCCAGUCUAAAGUGGCUGCCUUUGCGAAUUGGGUUCUUAGUUUGGGUGAUGGCACAACACCUGCUGUGGCCCGGGAGGGGGAGUCAGAGCCAUCAUGGAUAACUAUCCCUGAUGAGCUUUUGAGACAUUCUGAUGGUGAUAAAAUUGAUGCCAUUGUUCAGUCUGUAUACAAAGACAUUCCUACUACAUACUCUGAUGUUGAUUACUUAAAAGAAAGAGCAAUCCUAACGCCAACGAACAAAGUGGCUGAAAAAAUUAAUGAGCGUGUUUUGUCUUUAGUGCCUACCAGUGAGAGAGAGUACCUGAGUUGUGAUACUAUAGGGAAUUCAUCUGAUGCGGUUCGCAAUCAGGAUGCUUUCUAUCCUGUCGAAUACUUGAAUGGGAUUAAGAUGUCGAGCCAAAGGAUCAGCCUUCUCUCGCAGAUCAGUGACAGAGAGAUGUUCUGGAAUGCUAAGGUUCUGGUGUCUCGCAUUUGGUACUACCGAGGUGGGACUCAUGAAGGUGCCAUCAUGCAUACUGACAUCGUGGUGCUUGACAAAGAGGGCACCCACAUGUAUGGCCGCAUGCCUGCUGAGCUGUCGGAACGGCUGAAAGAUAUCUUGCGGGAAGGCGAUGUUUAUCUGAUGAAGAGAUUCAUGUGCAAACAAUCAAAACCCACUUACAGAGCUGUUGAUAGCCCGUAUAUGAUUUUGUUCACUCACUUUAGUACUGUUGAUCCUGUGGUGGGUGAUGAAGAAGAUUUCCCGUACUGCACUUACAGCCUCAUGUCCUUUUCGGAUAUCCCGAUGCCAGGCCCGCACACUCCUUGCUUCAUUGAUGUGAUUGGCCGGAUUAUUGCGGUUACAGACAUUAUUGUUGUCCACUCCCAGUAUCAGGCUGAGCCUUCAGAUACCAGGACUAUAAUUCUCCAGGAUCAAGCGUGA